AUGGGUAGCAUCAACUUUCCACGGUUGUUGGGAAGAUCAAAUGAGAUGCCAGUUGGAGUGGGCACAAAACCCCGAGGUUUGGAGCCAUGGAUGAUUGUUCUUAUUGUCAUAGUAGGACUAUUGAUUGCAAGCAUAACCAUUGGUCUUCUGGUUCAUUUCUUGGUCUUUGAUCAGAGGCUAGAGUACUAUCAUGGCACUUUUAAAAUUUCAGAUGCACAGCUGAAUGCUAAUGCUGAACAAGGCUAUGGAUACCAAUACAAGAACUUACGUGAGAGGAGUGAAAUCUUGGUAGAUGAAACAUUUAUGGAUUCUGUCUUAAGCAAACAUUAUAUUAAGAAUCAUGUAAUCCAACUGACUCCAGAGAUAGAUGGUGUGAAAGCAGAUAUUGUGAUGGUGUUUCAGUUUCCCUUCAAAGAGAGAAGAGAAACAAGGGAGAAAAAGAUUCAUAGCAUUUUAAAUCAGAAAAUACGGGCCACAAGAGCUCUGAAAAUAGAUACCUCUUCACUUCAGCUCAAUGCUAUGAGCUCAACAACGGGCAAGCUAACUGUCCAAUCAUGUUGUGGCAAACGAGUGACUCCAACAAUAAUCAACAGAAUAAUUGGUGGAGAAAUUGCACCAAAGUCUGCUUGGCCAUGGCAAGCCAGCCUUCAGCAUAACGAUGUGCAUCAAUGUGGUGGCGCUUUGAUUAGUAACACAUGGCUUGUUACUGCAGCUCACUGCUUUAAGAAUUAUCCCAGCCCACGUGGAUGGACAAUUAGCUUUGGUAUAACUAUUAACCCUCCCUUGAUGAAAAGAAAUAUCAAAAAAAUUAUAGUCCAUGAAAGGUACCGUUCUCCAGCACGAGAAUAUGACAUUGCAGUAGUACAGUUUUCUCCCAAAGUCACCUUUACUGAUGAUAUACGCCGGAUUUGUCUACCAGAGGCAUCUGAUCAUUUCCCAUCUAAUUCAACAGUCUUUAUCACAGGAUUUGGAGCACUUAACUAUGGUGGGGACUCACAGAAUGAACUUCGACAAGCCUCAGUGGAAAUCAUAAGUGAUGAAAUAUGCAGGCAGCCACAUGUAUAUGGCAAAGAGAUAACAUUUGGAAUGUUUUGUGCUGGUUUCUUGGAAGGAAUUUAUGAUGCCUGCAGGGGUGACUCUGGAGGACCCCUCGUUGUAAAAGAUUAUAAAGAUACUUGGUAUCUCCUUGGAAUUGUGAGCUGGGGUGAUAACUGUGGUCGUGUGAAUAAGCCUGGAGUCUAUACCCAAAUAACUUAUUAUCGGCAGUGGAUUACCUCAAAAACUGGUCUCUGA